AUGGAAAUUCACAAAAACACAAACAAGAAAUGGAGAGGUUCCAAAAAGGAAUCAAAAUGGAAGAAAAUGAUUUUCUUCCACACUUCAAAAACUACCCAAAAUCCACCUCAAGAAUUUCUCUGCCCCAUUUCUGGAUCUCUCAUGUCUGACCCUGUAAUUGUCUCCUCCGGCCAUUCCUUCGACCGAACCUCAAUCCAAGCCUGUACAAAUCUCAACUUUACCCCUCAACUCCAAGAUGGCACCACCCCCAAUUUCACAACCCUAAUCCCAAAUCUUAACCUCAAAUCCUCAAUUCUCAAAUGGACCCAAACCCAAUCCCAAACCAAAAUCCAAACCAACCAAAAUCUCACCACAACUGAAAACCUCGUACGUACAUUAAUGUCCUCAAAAAAACAUCAAAAACCCCAAAACGACAUCGUACAAGAAAAAGAAACACUACAAAUCUCAAUCUUAACACCACGAAAAACCUCGUACUCAAGCUCAGAGGAAUCCAUAGCAACUGCCACGUCAUCAUCAACAACAACACCACCACAAUUUCAAAGCUUCUCUUACUCUUCACCUUCCUCUUCUGAAAUUGAGCCUUCAACAACACCAGAAGAACAAGAAUUCGUGACCAAACUCAGAAACCCUCAAUCGAAUAUCGUAGAAGAAGCUCUAAUCUCUCUCAGAAGAAUCACAAAAACGAAAGAAGAAUGUAGGGUUCAACUCUGCACCAAUAGGAUUCUCUGCUCUUUGCGUUCUUUGAUUUUGUUCAAAAACGAGGUUGUAAGAGUCAACGCUCUUGCUUCAUUAGUCAACCUUUCGAUCGAGAAAGUCAACAAAGUGAAGAUCGUACGGUCAGGAAUUGUUCCACCGUUGAUUGAGGUUUUGAAAUUUGGAUCCAGUGAAUCGCAGGAACAUGCUUCGUGUGUGCUCUUUAGUUUAGCGCUUGAUGAUGAUAAUAAAACUGCGAUUGGUGUUUUGGGUGCUCUUUUGCCUUUGCUUCACGCGCUUAAAUCAGAGAGUGAGAAGACGCGUCAUGAGUCGAGUUUGGCUCUAUGUCAUUUGUCUUUAGUGAAGAGUAAUAGGGUUAAGAUGGUUAAACUCGGGUUUGUUUCGGUUCUUUUGGGGAUGGUUAAGUCGGGUUAUAUGAUGGAUCGAGUUUUGUUGAUUUUGGGUAAUUUGGGGUUUGGGUUGGAUGGUCGGGCUGCAAUGUUGGAUGCAGGUGUCGUGGAGUGUUUGGUGGAUUUGUUGAGUGGGACUGAGUUGGAUUCUGAAUCGACUCGUGAGAGAUGUGUUGGGGUUUUGUAUACACUGAGUCAUGGCGGGUUGAGGUUUAAGGCGGUGGCGAAAAAGAUUAGGGUUGUGGAAAUGUUGCAAAAGAUGGAGAAAAUGAAGAGUGAGAAAACUAAUGAUAAAGUGAGGAGGAUAUUGGAGAUUAUGAGCGAGAAGGAGGUGGAGGAGGAAGAGGUGGAUUGGGAGGAGUUGCUUGACUCAGGGUUUACUGGUCGAACUAUGAGUCAACUCAAUUAUGGAACGAGCGAGUCAAUUGCUAACUCGAACAAGUUUUGA